UGUGGGGUUCAACUGUGCAUGUACAUAUGUAAGGCAUACCUACAUACAGUACCUGCAUAAUUACACGUGACUCGUAAUGUUGGUCACUUCACCACUCUGUUAUGUAAUCAGACUCCAGCCCCAAUUCCAGCCCCAAGUUCGUGCUCCAGCCUCAGCUGUACCUGAGCCCGGUCUGCCUGGCCUGGCGUUGUGGUGGAUCGUCUCACGUCAAAUCGACGCCAACAACAAACGACAUCAUCCUCGAGAGAGAGAGAGAGAGACGCCUUCCAAUCACCGCUCUAACUCCACCAGACCCGAAGCACCCCCAAACGAACCAUCCGGCCGCGGACAGAGGCCGGCUAACCUUCGCAUCACCAAACGAAAUCCGCCAGCACCAUCGAGCCCGCCGGGCCAACGAAUCGCCCAUCAUGAAGCCUAUCGUGGGUGCGAUGCAAGCAUGGUCUUGGUGAGCCUCGUCCCCCCUCCUCUGCUCCCGUGCCAGACGCAUCCAACGCGCGACGGAUACCUCGACGAAUCCAGUUCGCUGACCAGCCGCCUCGUCACCCCCAGCGUCGUCAUCUCCGUCUUCGCCAUCAUCAUCCUCUCGAUCCUCGGCGGCCUCUUCUCGCGCAACCACCACGAAUUUAUGGGCGGCGCAGGAGAUCCCAAGGACGGCCAGGCGGUCGCGGGCACCCUGUUUACCGCGGUGAUUGUAUAUGCGGCUUUCCUGGUCUUCUGCGGCUGUCAAGGCCUGUUACACAUGCGCGAGGACCGACGGGGCGCCAUCGCCUUAUCAUAAACGGCAGCCUCGAGUUGUCAUGCAUUGCACGGUUAUCGGGACAUCGGCGUUACGGCUCGGAAUCCACAUCCUAUUUUUCGCCCCAGGGCAGAAGGAGAAAGAGAGAGGUCGAUGGUUUAGGCGAGGAGAGUGGCAGCCGUCGCGAAAUGUGAAAUCAGACCUUCAGCCCUCCAAUAACCUAAUGGUGGCCAGGCGUUUUCGUGACCGGGAGGCGAUAUGUACGAGUAUUUGCGCGAACCAGGGUCGAGAUAAAGAUCGAGAUGGACUGCUUUUUGAAACCGCGCGUAGACUAGGUGUUUGCUUGUUGGCUCUUUGUAGCCUGCUAUGAUGGAAAAUGGGUGCAUUAAUUAUCUCCGAGGGAUCUCUGGGGCGCCAGUCUUAUCGCUUGCAUGACGGAUGUUGAUUGAUAGCUGCAUUGUACGAACAUGAAUGUCCCAAAUAAACUGCCUUCGCCCUGGGGAUCAGCUAGCUGUAGCUUAUAAUUGCAACCGUGACACCUUA